UCGAUACCCCCACGGAAAUAUUUAUUUGCACUUGGCUGCUAUCUAUUUUAAUCUGUAGGGCAGUUGAGUACGGGGGUCCUUACGAUAUAUCAAUCUCCCACAGAGAAGCCCAUGAUAUCUAGCUUCCAGCUUUCCAGGCUUCGUCUCCGAUGACUGCGCAGCUAUAGAGGAAACCUCGGGCGCUGGCAUGCAUCGAUAUCAAGGAUAAAGAUCUAUUAGAUGGCCAUGGAUGCUCCAUCUUACAGAUUCGUCUCAUGGUUUACAUGGUUUGUAGCCUGUGUUCUCCUGGAGUCCAUCGUUUCUGUUCAUUCGUGGUGCCUUCCACAUCCUGGCCCAAGCCAAGAGGCAAGGUUUAAGCAGAAGACAAAUAAGUUUUGGGAGUACAAGCAACAGAGUAAUACCUGGGUGGAAAUAAGUGUGCCUUUCGACUUGAUGUCUUGUAUCAACGGUACCUGCACAAAGGUAGGAUCAAUUGAGCAACUAGCAAGGAAACUUGGUCAUGAUCCUGUUCGUAGUCAAGAGGAGGAAGAUUCAAGGCGUGAUGGAGAUGAUGCAGAUGACAGAGAUGAUCCAGUCCUGCCCAUUAGGAAAAGAAUUUCCUUGACAAGAAUGUCAGAAUCAUCAGUUUGGGUAACAGGUCAAAGUGGAUCGAUCUACGAGAGGUUCUGGAAUGGGGUGAUGUGGGUGAUUGCUCCUCAUGAACUCCCUACUUCAGCCGGCUAUGCCACGGCAACUUUCAUUGUGAAUACAACUAUUCUUGCUCUGUCAGAGGCUGGAAUCCUCUACCAGCUACAGCUAAAUGAGCAUGCCCAGCCUAUCUGGACAGAGAUGACAUUCAACUCUGAUCAACAAUUCACAAACCUUGAAGAAAAAACACAAAGUCAAGCUAUGCGUAUAAGAAAUGGGAUUGUGUCUGAUGAUGGAAUGAAACUUUUCCUAUCUAUCAUGAAUGGGUCCCUACUUGAGGUCACAGAACUUCAGCCUCUAAGGUGGAAUUACCAUGGGCGUCCUCCAGGAGGAGAUGUAUCAUAUAUAUCUGAUGCUGGAAAUGCAAGGCCAGGGACCUUGUUCACAUGCAGUUCCACGGGAGACCUAUAUGAGUUUGACAAAGAAACAAAGCCAUCAUGGAAAAAGCAUAUAUGGAGUGAAGAACUAGCAGAAAAUAUUUCGUUAAGCUCAUCAGCUGGCUGUGCUUUACAUGGUUUGUCAGGAUCUAACUCAGUGUCACUUUUCCUGAUAACCAAGGAUGGCCUUUUAGUGGAGCGGCGCUUGCAUAGAAGGAAGUGGAAGUGGGAUAAACAUAGGGCUCCUAUGGGUCAGAGACUUAGUUCAAUUACAGAAGUUCAACAGGAUGAAUUCAACGAUGCAACUUCUUUGUUUUUUACAACAACCACAGGAAAAGUAUUCGAGUAUCAGUUUCCAAAAUAUACAGGUGGGGCUCAAAGCAAUAAGAUAAGAGGACAAUGGGUAAAUCACAUGUCUCCUGAGCAUGCAAAGGUUGCAAGAAACAUCCGAGGUGUACAGGUUCAAGUUGGCAGAAUGAUCUUUCCACUAGAUGAUGGUCGGCUCGGGGAGCUACAUUUUCCUGGGACGGGAGGUGAUGAUUUUGGUCCAAUUCCACAAAGUACCAUAAGAAGGAAACUAUCAAACAAGUACGAGUGGUCCAUCCUAGAUGCACCAGAAACAGAAGGUUGGAAUGCAGAAUAUUGCACCGAAGAACAUGGUCCGACAAAUUGUAUUACUGGAGCAAAGAAUAUAGCUACAGGCACUGAACCAAAUGACUUCAGCAAUGCCCCUCCUUCCAGGAGGCGCAAAGUAGAACAGACGCAACACUACCUACAUGUUAAUAGCCAUCAAACCGAUGAAACCGAACCAUACAACUUUAUAUCAAGAAGCAUUGAUCUGAACUUUCACAUGCGGGUCAUGCAUGCAGAUAGAUCACUUUUCCUUAUAACAGAUAAUGGCUUGACUUUUGAAUAUCUAAAAAGCAAUGGUAUUUGGUUGUGGCUAAGACAUGAGCACACUACAGCCAUGAAAGGUACACUAGGAAGCUACAAUGGCAGCUUGUAUCUUGUUGACGUGCACGGAAACUUACAUAUUAGAGAAAGAAAUGGAGAUGAACUAUUAUGGAUUAACUGCACAGCAAUGAAGAAGGGAAGACAGGUUGCAAGUGGAUCUCCAUGGGAUGGCAUCCCUGGUCUACCGCGAAGAGUGACAACAGAUGAUGCACUCUUCUUUGUUAACAAGAGAGGCAGGCUGCUACAGUUCACGGUUGCGUUGCGGACAUUCAAGUGGAAGGACUGCCACAGCCCUCCUGACAGCAAGGUUGCAUUCAUAGUGGACCAGGAGGUCUUCAGAAGAAACAUCAUCUUCGUGGUUGGCCGCAAUGGCCGCCUCUACCAGUACAACAGGAUCACAGAACUAUGGCACAAGCACUACCAGUCACCUCACCUCGUCCUCUCGCGAUCCCCGGGGACGGCCAUGAGACCAUCCUCGCUGUCCCUGUCUGGCUCACUCUUCAUGGUCUCCGAGAACGGGGGCCUGGUGGAGUACCACUUCGUCCCGCAGGACGGGUGGGAGUGGGUGGAGCACGGGACGCCACGCCGGGACGUGACCAUCGUCGGUGCCCCGGGCCCGUGCUUCGACGGCGCGCAGCUGUUCGUGGUCGGCUCCGACGGGCAUGUGUACCGGCGGCACAUGGACGGGCGGGCGUGGAGGUGGACGAGUCACGGGCACCCGCCGGAGCUGGAGAUGGCAGAAUCGGGCGACGGCCAGAGCUGCACCACACCGGGCACCGCCGCAGGCACGCACUACGCGGACGGCUUCAGGGGGAGCUGCGACGGCAAGGUGGCGGCCGCGCGGCCGGUGCCGUUCUCCGAGGCCGCCGUGAUCUUCGAGCUGCGAGACGGCAGGUUGGCGGAGCUGCGGCGGCCGGGCUCCGCGGAGACGCGCGGCGGCGGGUGGGAAUGGGCGCGGAUAAUCGGCACGCCGGCCAGCGCUUGCAUGACCAGCUACUGGACGGCCGUUGCCACCUAGCCGCCUCCCGGGGCGAAGGGGAGGCGCGGGCUCUCGAUCGAGCGCGGGAGUUCAAAAUCUGAAGUCGUCUGUGGCCGUGUUGACGCCACGUAGUCGCGCUAGGUGGCGGCUACCCUCCCGGCGAUACGGCUAUAGUCGCUGUGCUGACGCUACGUACUGUACAUUGUCUGCCGAUCGCCGCCGCGGUUGAUUGGCUGCCGAUCGGAUUGAGAUCCUCCGACUCCAGGGGUCGAGAUCACGGCGUGACUUCAGAGGCCAAUCCAGGAUCAUGUGGCUGCAAAGCUUUUGAAAA